CAAACCACCUGAGCGCCAGAAAGCAGAAUAUUGCCUUCUGUUCGACCCUGUUAAGGGAAGAGUUCGACUAUCGGUAAAAACAAAAGGUGUAUUUUGCUCUCUACCGUCAUCUGAUUCUAGAUAUCACCCUAGGACGUUCCGUCGGUCAGCUAUUGACGAGCGAACUCUGAAUAUCUAAAGUAGCCUAAAAACGAAUUUACUGCGGUGAUAGAUUUUGGUUGGAGUAACUCUCUCGCUUUAUUACCUUGUCGCGCAGGUGAAAAACUGUUGUAGGAAGCAUUUGAGAAACGAAACUAUGCCGCGUCUUUUUUGUGGGUAAUUCAAUACAAAAAUAUAUAUAUAUAUAUAAAAUAAAAAUGUAAACUCUUGCUCUUUAUGGAAUAUAACCUUUCGGAAGAAAACUCGGUGGAGAACCGCGAUCACCCUUCGGAUGCCGCCUUGGCUCUAGUGAGCCACCAUGCCCAGCAGCAUCUCAGGGUGCCCCAGACCUUGGUCAAAGCCAGGGGGCCAGGUCGGCCUCGUCCCUGAGGAACCCAACCGUCUCUUCUACCGGGGCAGCGGCACCAGCCAGGAGUCCUGCUAUGAAGAGCGAUGUGUGGACCCGGUGGAGGAGAGGCACCAGGUUCCCAAGGGGACCUACCACAAGGCCCACCGCGGGGACGUGCAGAGCAAGGCAGCUGAGGAGACCAUCGGCUUCAUCCCCGGAACAGCGGACUCUCCUCCAGGGGAUCAAGGGUGUGGUCCUUGUGCCCCCUCCUCCCCAGGCAGCUGUAAGAACUGGGUGUGCAGCGUGCUGACCUGUGGACUCUACAUGGUGUGUCGGAGCACCAUCCUGGCCCCCAGUCCCACAGGGAGGUCCCCAGAUGACGAUCAGGAGAAGGUCAACCUCCGGGGUCUCCAGAGCCACCCUGGGGCCAACGACCCCCAAACCAGGAAGGAGGGUGGGGGUAGUGGCUCUGAUUGGUCGGAGGACAUCUACAUCAGAGGGGUCAAAGUGGACAUUCCCAGAAUGAAGGAGGAGCCGGUGGUCCUUACCAGGCCUCCGUUACACAAUGGAAGAGGUGGAGGAGGGAGACAGUACAGCCCUCCAUCCUACUCCUGGUAUGAGGGGGAUAUGGGUGAUCUGAGCAUGGGUGAUGUGGAUUCUCUGAUCACCCAGAAGCUUUUGGAGCUGUACUCUGAGUACCAGAUCGAGGAGCUGGCCCACUGCACCUCGGACUCAGUGUUCCUGAAGAAGACCGGUGAGAUCAGCCAGCUGAUCAGUGACCUGGCCGAGGAGCAUCAGCUUGAUGAGCAGGACGCAGAAGGUCGACUGGUCAAGGGCAUCAUCAGGAUCAGCACUAGGAAGAGCAAGAAGAGACCUCCGUACCAAAGGUCACAGAGGAGAACCUCCGACAGCGGAAACGAAACCAUGAGCAACUACCAAACAUCAACCAUCAGCAAUAACAAUGAUUACGAUAUCCAGAUAUCCAAGGAGACAGAUUCUGAUAUGAACGCUAGGAACAUGAGGAGGAACAGUGGAGCAGCAGAAAGUUCUGAACAUCAGAUGUCUGUGUUUGGCAUGCCCCUGCCCGGGACCUCAGUCAGAACAUGAUGAUCCAUCUUCAACACCGCUGAUACCAUGGAGCUACUCACCAGUCUCCAGCUGAAGAGGUUGGGAUCCAUAGAUACACAUGUUAUAUGUUCUAUUUAAUUCUGUUUUGGAAACUUUAAGGAGCCUGAGAAUUGCACUAUGUUAAAUGAAGUGGGAGGAGUAUUAUGCGUCUGCAAACUCCUCCGAAGACCAUGACUUUGCUUUGAAGGCGAUACUAUGAAUCGUGUCAUCUGUAUACUGAAGGAUUAUAAUGUAACCAGGGCAGUGAAUGUGUCUUUGAUUCUGGCGUAUUGCGCCCUUGUUUGGGGGUUGGUCUGUCUCAUAGGAAAGUCACUGUAGACUUACUUACCAAACCCUUCCAGCAGCUCCCCCUGUUUUGUUGUCCGUUCCUCUUAUUGCCCUCCAAUUACAUCAGUGUGUUCCUUUACCCUUGAAUAACAACUAGCUCUUUUGAUAUGAAACUCGACUCUCCACUGCUGCCGGACCUCUGACCUGCUUUCUCACUUCAACACUGACACAAGAAUCAGUUUCAAGGUAGUGUACUCACAUCUAGGGACUUGGUAAAGUAAACUGACUCGAGAAAGAUAGAUAACCGCACACGUGAUUGGUCAACGGUUUUAUAGUGCAACCUGUAGACACCAUGAACUAACCUGGAAUGUACUGGAGGCCAAAAACACCUGGUACGGGUGAGGAAGGAAAUCCUCAAAGACAAUGAAUGUUAUUGUUAACGUAUUGGUGACUUUAAAUACAAUUGUAUAUGUGCUUUUUGAUGCCAAGAGAAUAUCAUACUCCUGUACUUAACAAGGUAAUAUUUUACUUGACACCCAGUGUCAUAACAUGUUAUGACAUGGUCUUAACCAUGUCAUAUGUCACAACACUUGACAUAACCUAUCAUAAUAUGGUCAUUACACUGUCAUGAUAUAUAUAUAUAUAUAUAUAUAUAUAUAUAUAUAUAUAUAUAUAUAUAUAUAUACCUGUGUUGACAUAUAUUGCAUUAUUUUAUGGCUGGUUAUGGAUUCAAAACUCACAUUUAUUCAAAGUAGUUUUUUAAAGAUUGUUUCUUAAAUCCUUUGUUGUUAUAAUGAAUUCUUUACAGUCAUGUUUUUGUUAUAUUUUAAGUAACUUGUAGAAAAUACUCUUUUUGACACUGUCAUGAAGCAUUAUGACCAUCAUAAUCCUAUAAGUCACCUAUCACGUACAUGCUGUUAUAUACGUCAUCAGUUAAAAAGAGAGUCUUGUCCUGCUCCUGAAAUCUGCAUCAGCGUUCAUCCCAGUCAUCAGCAACGGAGCGUUGGGGUAAGUGCAUGCCUGACAUCAAUGUGUGUGCAAUUACAGUGAUCAUUUAAUAUGGUCAAUUUCACACAUAAUAUAGAACAUACACUGUUGACAUGUAGGCUAAUGGAAUGUUUUGCCUUGUGUGGUAGGUUGUGACAAUCUUAUGUAGGUGUCAUAACCAGCCAUAAAAUAACACACAAUGUGUCACGACAGGGAUAUGAUCAUAUUAUAAAAGUUUCUGACAUAUUAAGACAUGGUUAUGACGCUGGGUGUCAAGUGAAGUGUUACCCAUAACGGUAAUCCUAAUAUGUUUGUAUUGCUUUAAAAUUGUUUAGGGUCCAAAAUCUCUCGCGAGCAUGUGGCCUGGUUAAUGAUUAACAUGAUCUCAUUGUAGACGCCAAUGACUACAUACUUGAAAUUAAAUUGUAUAAUGUGUGCAAUUCUGUGAUUUAUAUAACUUUUUUUUAAAGGGAUGCAUAAAUUAAGUUGUAAAGGCAUUGAUGCCAUGCUAUUCUUGCACAUUUUGUCUUCUGUUUUAUUGUAGCUGGUAUAAAUGAACUGUGUUGCUCUCUAUGGGGAAAAUUCUAACUUCCACUUAACUAAAAUUAGACUUAUGUACAAUGAGACUAAGUGGAUUUAUGUGGAAGUUAAGAAUGUCUAAAUGAAUGACUUGUUAAUAAAUAAAUCUUUCAGGAACCCAGAAAUGGAAAUCCUCCAGGCAAGAAUGUCUGAACCUAUCACUAGCUCACUUUUCAUUAGCUCACCAGUAGAAGAGUCCCAGUCAUGUUGUGUGUGUGUUGUUGACAUUAAGCCCUGUGUAUUUCUGUGUUUUCAUUCUUUCUAAAUAGCCUUUUCCCGUCGCAUUACUAGACAUGAAUCAGCCAGUUACUCACACACAGUACUCUUCCAAUCUAUCUACAACUCAGUUCUAUUGUGUGGAUGUUGAUGUAUUGAAAUGGAAGAAUCUCUGACAACAUGCAGACUGUGCGAACCAAUGAGGGUUCUGUGAUGUGAAAUGUUUAGAAGGUUGCGAAUUGAAAUUAAAGAUCUAUUCUACUGUG